AUGGCCCGCCCCAAACGCCCCCGGCGGCGCCGCCCCCUGGCCCCCGCCCUCCCCCAUCGCCCCCGCGGAGAAGAGUCCCCCCCAGAACCCCAAAACCCCACAAAUCCCCUACAAAUCCCCCCAGGGCUCCGUCCGGGCCAGCGGGCGCUGAAGGAGAUCCGGAGGUACCAGAGCACCACCCGCCUCUUGCUCAGACCUGCACCUUUUUCACGCCUGGUGCGUGAGCUUUGCCUCCUCUUCACCCGGGGGGUCGAUUAUCGGUGGCAGCGCCUGGCACUGCUGGCCCUGCAGGAGGCAGCCGAGGCGUUCCUGGUGAGGAUCCUGGAAGACGCCUACCUGUGCUCCCUGCACGCCAGGAGGGUCACGCUGUUCCCCAAGGACCUGCAGCUCGUGCGGCGCCUGCGGGGGCCCGAGUGGGGGGGGGUCUGAUUGGGGGACCCCCCCCCACUGGGACCUCCAAAAUGGGACCCCCAAAUGGUGGGACCCCCCAAAUGGGACCUCCCCAAAAUGGGAUCCCCAAAUGGGACCCCCCAAAUGGACACCACAAAUGGGACCACCCAAAGGGAACCCCAAAAUGGAACCCCCGCAUUGGGACCCCCUAAACAGGACCCCAAAAAGGAACCCCCCAAAUGGGACCUCCCCCAUUGGGACCCCCAAAUGGAACCCCCAAAAUGGAACCCGCCAAAUGGAACCCCCCAAAUCAGACCCCUAAAUGGAACCCCCAAAUGGGACCCCCCAAAUGGAACCCCUAAAUGGGACCCCCUCAAAAUGGGUCCCUUAAAUGGACCCCCCAAAUUGGACCCCUCAAUGGGACCCCUCCAAAUGGAACCCUAAAAUGGGACCUCCCCCAUUGGGACCCCCAAAAUGGAACCCACCAAAUGGGACCCCCCAAAUCAGACCCCUAAAUGGAACC